AUAUACCAACCUUUUCCUAGCUACAAUCAGUUUUGAAGAAGAGUCACUGGACCUGAAAUGUUAACUCUGCUUCCUCUCCACAGAUGCUGCCAGACCUGCUGAGUUUUUCCAGCAAUUUCUGCUUUUGUCAGUUGUGAUCCUGUUGGGUGUAGAGUACGUUUGAAGGCCCAAAUAACCACGUGCUGCUCCUUUGUUAUAUAUUUGUCAGUGAAUGUUAAUCUUGGUGUUGUUUCUGCCACAUGUUGCAGAAUCUGAAUAAUCAUGUAACUGGUUGGACAGACUGGAACAUUGCGUUGAACUUGCAAGGUGGCCCGAACUGGGUGAAAAACUUUGCUGACAGUCCGGUCAUUGUGAACAGUCAUCAGGAUACCUUCUACAAACAGCCUAUGUUCUACCACAUGGCCCAUUUUAGUAAGUUUGUUCCUGAGGGUUCUCAACGUGUUGGACUUGAUCCCAAUGCUGCUACUGAACUGGAGUCUGUGGCUUUCCUCCGCCCAGAUGGGUGUGCCGUCAUCAAUAUCCUGAACUGGAGCCAGAAGGAUAUUGAUUUUGCGAUCUGGGACCCUGAGCAUGGCUUUAUCAAAGCACAUUCACCUGCAGAAUCUAUCCAAUCUUAUUUAUGGAAAUGGCAAUAAAUCGUUUUUCACAAACUGUCAAA